AGGGAGAAAUAAGGACAUUCUCAGGGAUGCUAUGGGGCUGGAUGGAGUCUGGAAACGUCCAGGGAUUGGGCUGGUGAGGUUGGUGACGUGAUGUUAAUAUGAAUGGUGCUAGGAACAGGAAUGGAUGCGGAGGAAUCAGUGAUGGCUACAGACAACCUUUUACUCCUUGGUUACCGCUUGUAAACCUGCCAUGAGACAGUGGGGACCAUGGGGCUGGAGGCUUGCAGAGGGCACUGAGCCUCUGCCUGUGAAGAGGCCUCAACGGUGUGACCCCCUCCCCCCGCCACCAUCAUGGAGCCCCUGAAGGAGCGGGCUGGGUGGUGCGCAGGGUACCGGGGGGAGGAGGCUCUGGCUGAAAUGAGACCCUUGCUGCAAGAAGACACUGGCCAGGAUGGCGUUGAGAUGGGGGUUGAACCCACAGGCUGGGGUUCAGAUGACCCAGAGUUAGAGGAGGAUGAGGUUGGCCCAGAUCCUGUCCGGGUCCUGAUGUUGCCACUUCAGGCCCAUCAUGCUAUGGAAAAGAUGGAAGAGUUUGUCUUGAAGGUUUGGGAGGGCCGCUGGCGUGUCAUGCCCUAUGAUGUGCUGCCCGACUGGCUGAAGGACAAUGACUUCCUCCUCCAUGGCCAUCGGCCGCCCAUGCCCUCCUUCCGUGCCUGUUUCCGCAGCAUCUUCCGCCUCCACACUGAGACUGGCAACAUCUGGACACACCUUCUCGGGUUCCUCUUCUUCCUGGUUUUGGGCAUUGGGUACAUGAUCAGUCCCAACAUGAAAUACGUUGCCCCCAUCCAGGAGCGUGUGGUCUUUGGCAUGUUCUUCUUAGGCGCCAUCCUUUGCCUCUGUUUCUCCUGGCUCUUCCACACUGUCUACUGCCACUCCGAGGAGGUUUCCCGCACCUUCUCCAAAUUGGAUUACUCUGGAAUUGCCCUGCUCACCAUGGGCAGUUUUGUGCCCUGGCUGUAUUACUCCUUCUAUUGCUCACCACAACCCCAACUCAUCUACCUCAUCAUCAUUUGUGUGCUGGGUGUAACUGCCAUCAUGGUGUCUCAAUGGGACCACUUUGCCACUCCUCAGUACCGGGCAGUCCGGGCAGGAGUCUUUCUGGGCCUCGGACUAAGUGGGCUAGUGCCCACCCUCCAUUUCAUGAUCGCCGAAGGCUUCAUCAAGGCCACCACAGUGGGGCAGAUUGGGUGGCUCUUCCUCAUGGCUGUCCUCUACAUCCUGGGGGUGGGCCUCUAUGCCGCCCGCAUUCCUGAACGCUUCUUCCCGGGCAAAUGUGACAUAUGGUUCCACUCUCACCAGAUCUUCCACGUGUUGGUGGUAGUGGCAGCCUGUGUCCAUCUCCACGGGGUCUCCCAGCUCCAAGCGUUCCGCUCUUCGCUGGGUGGCAGCUGCACCGAGAACACUGUGCUCUGA